AAGCACAGACCGGAAAUACGUGAUUAAUCUCUGCGUAGAAGAAGACGCAGUUUAAAGCGGAAGUGGAUUCUUCCGGUGUCCUUGUUCGACGAGUCAGUGAAGAUGUUCAGACAUUUAUUAGGAUUCCAGCAGGUGGCCCGGAGGAGCGUGUCCGGCUCCGCGCGGCGGCAGACGAAGAACACGAUCACCGAGAAACAGAAGCUGUUCCAGGAGGACAACGGGCUGCCGGUCCAUCUGAAGGGAGGCACCACCGACGCUCUGCUCUACAGAGCCACGAUGGCGCUCACCGUGUUCGGAACCGGCUUUGUUCUGUACGAGCUGUGGAACGCCGCGUUCCCUCAGAAGAAACACUGAGUUCGCCCCUGCAGCCGUUUACCUCCAUUUAAAAACAACAACAACCUGAUGAUGCUUCUCCAUUUCCUGUGUCGAGCCGCGCGUUUCCUGUCGUGGUGGGAAAGAGUUUCAUGUUCAUGGGAUCAAUAUUUAUUUCUUGUUCCGUCUCUCUGGUGACCCGCCGAUCAAUAAUAAAAAUUAAAUAAAAAAUCUCAUGACCAAAAAAA